UUUUUAUUUGCUGAUAUAUAAGGAAAUACGGCAAUUCGGCUUUUGAUUUGAGACUUAAAAACCCUAAACGGGCUUGAUUUGGUCAUUGCACUGAAAUUCAUUUCAAGCCCCGAGCCUUAAGGUCUUCUCAAAAACUCUAUAUAAGGAGUGUUUUUCUUUUUUUUUUUUUUCAGAUCAAUUUCCUGAAUCACUCAGUCUGCUGAACUUUUAUUUUACUAUUUCUAUUGCACAUCUAGCAAUAUCUGUUUAAAUCUGAAAUUUUGCUGCUUAUAAAUUAUGACUGUUCAAGUUUUCAAAGAUAAUCUAUCUUCACUAUCAAAUUCCGAAUUAAAAAAUGUGGUUCUGAUUUGUAUGAACAUCUUAGAAGAUCGUGCAUCAUCAAAAGACCAAACACAACAUUCUUUCAAGAAAAACAGCCAAGGCCCUUCUGCUGAAACCAAAACCAAAUCAAAUGCAAACCAAGAUGUGAAUCAAAAUGAAAAAGAAAAUACUGAAUCUAUUGAACAGGAAUUUGAAUAUUUGGACCAUCCAGUGCAAUCACCAUCUGUUACUCCUCAAAUUAUUUCAGAAAAAAAGGAUCAAGAAUACUCAUCAUUAUCCUCUACAUCAUCUUUGUCAUCUUCAUCAUCACCUAUUCCUGUUUUGCCAUCAGAUGAAAACCAGAAGCCAAAUAAAAACUUGAUACAUAAUAAUCCCUCAUCUGUUAAUAUAAUCUCUAUCGAUUUUUCUUUGCUAAAUUCUGUUCAAGAAUCAGCUCUUGAUUUAAAAUUAAAAUGUGAUAAGCUAAUAAAUAACAUAGAAAAAGAAUCAUUCGACACAAAUGAAAAUGAAAAUGAAAAUGAAAAUGAAAAUAUAAAAAACAUCAAAAGCAUAGAUGAAAUCAAAACAAGCAAAGACGCUAAUGUAAUUUAUUUUCAUUCUGAUUUUGAUCCCCGUUCUCAUCCUUGUACUCAUUCUUAUCCUUGUACUUAUUCUUAUCCUCAUCAUCACCGUUUUUCUCAUCGUUUCUCUAAUCUAUCUCAGUUUCCACAUCAAUUUCCAUCUCCACCCCCUCCAGCACCAUUUCCACCACCACAUGAUGAUAAUCAUCAUCAUCAUGGUCAUAAAUCAAAUCUAUUUAUUCCACCUCCACCACCUCCACCACCUCCACCCUUCUUUAAUUGUCCAUUUUCAAGAGAUCUAUUUUCUAAUGGGGCUACUUUUAACAAAGAUUUUUUGAAUGAUGAGAAACUGAACAAUGAUGAUACAGAAGGCAAUUACAAAUGGUCUUUUCCAUUUUCAGGCCCAGGCCCAAAUCCAGAUUCAUAUCGAUAUAGAUCACCAUGUGGUCAUUGUCAUAAUCAUCAUCCUUCCAAGAAACAUCAAAAAAGCCGUCAUUGAUUUAUAAUAUUGUUAAUAAUUGGAAACAAAAGUGAAGUACAAUUUGAGAUUAUAAAAAGCUUUAUCUUUUUUUUUUAAAUAAUAUUUUAACUCUGAUUUUUUGGUCUAUUUUUUCUGAUUUAUUUACAAUAUAUUUAUCAAAUACCCUUUUAAACUAUCCUCUAAUUUUCAAUUAAUACUACGUCA